GCGAAAUAUAAAAGUGAAUGUGAUCCCUGUGGUCUUACACACAUUAAAGUAUUUUUGACAAUAUGAUGUAGUGGCAUCAUAAAUAUCAGAAAUACGUAGCUACACCUUCAUAAAUGUGGUGGCCAAGUUCUUUAGAGAAGCGAAACGCGGCGAAACGAAAACCAAUCCGCCACCAUCCAAACCCUUUAUCAGACGGCAGUGGAUUUCUUGAUGGCGACAGUAGGGACACAACUUGCUAGUUAGUGGUCAACAGCAGACUUGCUACAUUUAUAUCUGAAUUUGAAUUUUUGAAAUAAAAAAAUUAGCAGUUUUUUUUCAGUUGUGCAGUUAACAACGUAACGAAUAGAGUGAACUAUUGAACGUGAUAAGAUAAUUGGGUAGCGAAAAUGUUCCAAAUUGGUCAUCAGAAAGUUACUUGUUUAAUCGUGACGGCUUUCCUGUUAAAAAUUGGACUGCAGUUCUACUUGGACGACACAAAGCAAAUUGUUGACGUGGAUCAACCAACAUCGAAAUCGGCCAAUAACGUCAUCAACGAGCGCUAUCAAAUAUUUGAGAGUUAUUUCCGCGAUUCCCUUUCGGAUAUUGACCCACCAUUCAAGCGGAUACUAUUUUGGAAUGAUGUUUAUGGGAGCAAAGAUUACGGAAUUGGCAUCGGCCGCGACGCCAUGAAGAAAUCAGGAUGCCCAGUUUGGCAGUGUGAAACUUCGGAUAACCGAAGUGACGUCAUGGAAUACGACGCCGUGGUGUUUCACCUUCGCACCUGGACAAUUAAUGACCUGCCAGAACGUAGAUCACAAAAUCAGCGCUACGUUCUUUGGAGCUUGGAAUCGGCUGCGUGGUUCGCCGAUACGAUCCGAAUGACGAAUUUCUUCAACUGGACCAUGACUUACCGUUGGGACUCGGAUAUCGUAGGUCCUUACGGUUACAUAGUACCAACUGGAGACGUCGCUCUUCAUCCCAGUGAAGACGAAAUGAAAUUCUAUUUGUCUAAACCUACACCAGUCAACUACGCCAAGGGAAAAACGAAAAUGGCUGCUUGGUUUGUUUCAAACUGUAACUCUGCGAGCAGUCGGAAUGAGAUGGUCAAAAUUCUUCGAAAAUAUAUUGACGUCGAUGUGUACGGUAACUGUGAGACAUUAAAGUGCCCCAAGGCAGAUACUGUGAAUGACUCUAGCGAGGAUUGUCGACAAAUGGCUGCCAAUAAAUACAAGUUUUAUUUGUCCCUAGAAAAUUCGCUGUGCCGAGAUUACAUCACUGAAAAGUUCUUCGGCAUGAUGCACCACCCGAUAAUACCAAUCGUUUUCAGCCUUCAUGAAGACCACGAAUUAAUAGCUCCGACGCAUUCUUUCAUCAACGCCGCCAAAUUUGAAAACAUGAAUAAGCUGGCUGAUUAUCUGAUCAUGCUCGACAACAACGACACGCUGUACAACGAAUAUUUUUGGUGGAAGCCUCAUUUCCAAGUGCGCGACAGCCCAAAGUACACUAGUAAAGGAAUGUGCCAUUUAUGUGCUGCUCUCCAUAACACGACGAUGCCAAGGAAAUUCUAUCCCAGCAUGACCGACUGGUGGGAAAAAGAAAUGUGCAUUAUUUCUCCGCAAAUCGCAUAAAUGUUGUAAUUGU